AUGGCUACUGGACAGGAUCGGGUAGUUGCUCUUGUGGACAUGGACUGUUUUUUUGUUCAAGUGGAGCAGCGGCAAAAUCCCCAUUUGAGGAAUAAGCCCUGUGCAGUUGUACAGUACAAAUCAUGGAAGGGUGGUGGAAUAAUUGCAGUGAGUUAUGAAGCUCGUGCAUUUGGAGUCACUAGAAACAUGUGGGCAGAUGAUGCUAAGAAGUUAUGUCCAGAUCUUCUACUGGCACAAGUUCGUGAGUCCCGUGGGAAAGCUAACCUCACCAAGUACCGGGAAGCCAGUGUUGAAGUGAUGGAGGUAAUGUCUCAUUUUGCUGUGAUUGAACGUGCCAGCAUUGAUGAAGCUUAUGUAGAUCUGACCAGUGCCGUGCAAGAGAGACUACAAAAGCUACAAGGUCAGCCUGUCUCAGCAGACUUGUUGCCAAGCACUUACAUUGAAGGGUUGCCCAAAGACCCUACAACAGCAGAAGAGACUGUUCAGAAAGAGAAGAUGCGAAAAGAAGGUUUAUUUCAAUGGCUUCAUUCUCUCCGGUUUGAUGACAUGGCCUCUCCAGACCUGCAGCUCACCGUUGGAGCAGUGAUUGUGGAGGAAAUGAGAGCAGCCAUAGAGAAGCAGACUGGUUUUCAGUGUUCAGCUGGAAUUUCACAUAAUAAGGUCCUGGCAAAACUGGCUUGUGGACUAAACAAGCCGAACCGCCAGACCCUGGUCUCACACGGGUCAGUCCCACAGCUGUUUAGCCAAAUGCCCAUUCGCAAAAUCCGUAGUCUUGGAGGAAAGCUGGGGGCCUCUGUCAUUGAAAUCCUAGGAGUAGAAUACAUGGGUGAACUGACCCAGUUCACUGAAUCUCAACUCCAGAGUCAUUUUGGGGAGAAGAAUGGGUCUUGGCUGUAUGCCAUGUGCCGAGGGAUUGAACAUGAUCCAGUUAAACCCAGGCAACUACCCAAAACCAUUGGCUGUAGCAAGAACUUCCCAGGAAAAACAGCUCUGUCUACUCAGGAACAGGUACAAUGGUGGCUUUUGCAGUUAGCCCAGGAACUAGAGGAGAGACUGAAAAAAGAUCGAAAUGAUAAUGACAGGGUAGCUACCCAGCUGGCUGUGAGCAUUCGUGUGCAAGGAGACAAACGUCUCACCAGCCUGCGCCGCUGCUGUCCCCUUACCCGCUAUGAUGCUUACAAGAUGAGCCAUGAUGCAUUUGCUGUUAUCAAGAACUGUAAUACGUCUGGAAUCCAAACUGAAUGGUCUCCCCCCCUCACAAUGCUAUGCCUCUGUGCUACCAAAUUCUCUGCCUCUGCCCCUUCGUCUUGCACAGACAUCACCAUCUUCUUGAGCAGUGACCCAAGUUCUCUGCCAAAGGUGCCAGUUACCAGUUCAGAAGCUAACACCCAGGGAAGUGACCCAGGGGUGACAGCAACUAAGAAAGCAACCACCUCUCUGGAAUCAUUCUUCCAAAAAGCUGCAGAAAAACGGAAAGUCAAAGAAGCUUCGCUUUCAUCUUUGACUGUUACCACUCAGGCCCCCACGAGCAAUUCACCAUCCAAGUCAUUACCUUUCCAAACCAGUCGAACUACAGGAACGGAGUCCUUCUUCAAGCAGAAAAGUCUGCUUCUAAAACAGAAGCAGCUUAAUAAUUCUUCAGUUCCUUUCCCUCCACAAAAUCCAAAGUCCAACUCUAAAGGGUUACCACAUCAUUUUCCAACAGAGUAUCCAGAUGGUGCCCCUGUUUGUGAAGGGGCGUUGAAGCUAGAAUCCUCUAAACCAACUCCUGCAGAGAUGGAUUUGACCCAGAACAGCCCAAGCAUGCUUGCUUCUUCAGCUUCCAAGGCUGCUCCAGGGGUGGCUCAGACGGCAACUACCACCUUAAGUGUUUUAGCCGCUGAGGACCAAGUGCCCUGUGAGAAAUGUCGGUCCCUGUUACCAGUUUGGGACAUGCCAGAACACAUGGACUACCAUUUUGCAUUGGAGUUGCAGAAAUCCUUUCUGCAGCCCUCAAACCCCCAGGUUGUUCCUGCCUUGUCUCCUCAAGGCAAAAGAAAUCCCAAGAGCCCUUUGGCCUCCAGUAAUAAACGGCCUAGGCCUGAGGGCAUGCAGACAUUGGAAUCAUUUUUUAAGCCAUUAACACAUUAAUGUUGCCCUCA